AUGACAACAAAAACAACCAUUACCUUAUCACCAAUAAAACGUUGUUAUACGUCACCUAAUUUACAAAAACGUUGUAUUACAUCAAUUGUUACACAUUGUAAAUAUCAAACAAAUUUAUCUUUACCUAUACCAAAUAUGAUUUCUUUACCAUCGCCAACAACGACAAUUACUGUUAGUUGUGAACGAAAAAAUUUAUCAACAAAUAAUUUACCUGAUCUUGUCAAUGAUAUAUUAAUUGAAGAACAACAACGAGAAACUAUUAAAAAUAUUGCAAUUACAUUAAGAAAAAUUAGUGAUCAAAUCGAUGAACAAAUUCAAAUUAACAACAGUUUAUCUUCGAAUCACAUAUUUGCCCAGCGAACCAUCACAUUUAUUCAUUGUUUAUCACAUAUUCUUCGUUUUUUCUUAUAA